UCAUGCCCUCGGUUUUAGGUCAAGUUUACUGAGGGGAUGAAUUGCUUCCUGCAAUGAAAAGUCCCAAAGUGAUUUAUAACCACCUCACAAAACCAUGUAAACAUAUUUUAAAAUGCAGUCAGAUUAAAAGUGCCUGAGAGUUUGACCUGCUCAAAUGCCUGGGGAAAUAAGAACAUCUUAUGUGGUGUCAAAACAGUGGUAAAGUUGGCACCAGAAAUGGAAGUUCUUGCAGAAAAGGCCUGCUCUCUCAUUACCAUCCUCCAGCCACCCCUUGGAGGUGGCCCAUGGAGAGAGGACUCAGAUGACAAUCCCAGGGCGCAGGCCAGUUCACAUGGGGGUGAAAUAUCUAAUAUUUUUGGCACUUUUGAGAAACAGUACAUUCCUUUGUGUCCGUUGGUAUGAUAUGUCCUUGUGCCAGAUGCUGAGAUACGGUAUGUACAGGACUGGGCUGGUGGUGCUUGCAAAUGAUGGGUCACAGAUGCUCCAAGCUUGACUCCAGGGGUGGUUGGUACCCACUGCGACUUGUGGCUUGGGAGGCAGGGACCAAUGGUAGAGUCACCCUCUGAUUGGUUGUAAGAAAGCAAGCGCAAGUGGGGACUAGCUGAAAGCAGGCUGACGUUGGUUGUCCGUGCCCCGUUCACUCCAAUGCACCAUCCUUUGUUCCCAAAGCCUGCAGAACCAGCUUGAGAUGGACCACCAGCAGAGUGGACCUCUCUGUCCCCUGCCAUUCACCUUUUCCCUCAUCAUGAAAACAAAAAAGGGGCUCUCACUUUAAGGAACGUGGAAUCUUAGGAGCCUUUGUGACAGUUGCUGCGGUUUGCUAGGCAUGAGUUUCAAACACCAGGAGUUCCAUUCCAUCAAGAUGAAGGCAUCCAUCUAGUGGUGAAUUUACAUGGCUCUUGAGUGGGUUGGGGAGACUUCACACUGCAUUGAUCUAACUCUGUGGCCUGUAUGACAUGCCAACAAAGAGCAAGGGAGAUUUCCCUCACCCUUUUGCUUCCUUAGGCUUUUUUUUUAAUCCCCCCCGAGCCAAACCCACCUGCCAAUCAGCUGAUGGCAUUCCAAUGGGCAGGCAACAAGAGUUGAUGAGUAGGGCAUGCCAGGGUUCAAUUCUGCGUUGGCUGCCUGCACCCGUUCUCCACUGGGAAUGGGCAUACACAUAGGCAGAGCAGCAGGAUUUGACCCACCUCCUCCUGGAUGCUCCUUCACCCAUGGGUUCCUUUUGGAGAGUGCACUGGCGAAGCAAAGUCCUGCAGGGAGCAGGAUGGAAGUCUCCUCUCCUCGGCUGAUGAGCAGGGACUCCAAUCCUGCUGGGUGCUGCUCUGAAAGGCAGCAAAAGGGCUGUUUGAAAGCCCUUCUGCGCACAGUCCUGUAUGGCUCUUUCAACCUUUGGUUUUGUGGAGGCUUAAAGAGCAGCUCAGGGCUGUUUGCCAAAGGCCUUCCAAUUAGCCCAAUGCUGCACUAUAUAUAAUUUUAGUAAAAUUUCCAAACUUUUUCACAAUAACCUUGUUUCAUAAGUGGACUUCCCACCCCUGCCUACACAAUGUUUUUACUCAAAACUUUUCUACUGCAUUGUAUCUUUAUCUAUUACAACAAAUUCUCUAUUACAAUUCUUUUGCCAUUUUUCUUCCGCUUUUAUCUCAAAUCCUGCCUGCAAUUUCAUUUGACUGUAACAUUUUAAAAUAUAAUCAAUGAACGGCCUCCAUUCUUCUAUAAAAACUUCAUCAUUUUGAUCUCUUAGUUUUGCUGCCUGCUUUGCCAUUUCUGAAUAGUCCAUUACUUUCAUAAGCCACUCCUUCGUUGGAACCUUCUCUUCUUUCCAUUUCUGUGCACAUAAUAUUCUAGCUACUGCUGCUGUCACAUACAUAAAUAGUUUAGUCAUCUUCUUUGGAACAUCCGUGUCUAUUAUAUAUGUAAGAAACGUUUUGGGGGAAUAGCCCAUUUAAACAUUUUCUUCAUUUCAUUAUAUAUCAUUUCCCCAGAAAGCUUUAGCUUGUUUUUUCACAUGUCUACCACAUAGGGACCCAAUGCUGUACUUUCAAGUCUCACUAACAAUCAGGAGAAACAUCAUCAUCUAACAUCAUAGAGACAUUACAUUAUAGACAGGUGGUGGCCUCAACCAUCAGUCAAUUUUAGCCUGCCAGGAGUGGGAGGAAAAGGAUCUGGCCUGCCGGACAGGAAAGGUUCCUUUUUGUACUCCCAUGAGAGAGUGUGGCCAACACCAUCUAGAGAACAAUUGGUUUCCCCAUUCCUGUGGUAGUGCCUCAGGGUACCAUAUGAUGCCAGUUUUUCUGAUUGCUGGAAUAAGGGUAAGAAUGGCUCCAAGUACCUUGUGUGAACUGUGGGCUAUCACCAUCAAAGGCAGCCUCAGAUUCUGUCAAGCGAUGGCAUGUGGUAGUAUGAGUGAUGUGUUACAAUAUAGAGGGCACCUUGGAUUUUCAAGCAGCUGACUGUAUGUUCCAGGAGCAGACCUCAAUAUGGCUUUCUCCACCAUAUUCCAACAGUUUCUUGGAGUGGAGCUCACCAUUAGGAGGGGCAUUCCCAGGGCUUUCAUUUUCUCCUAGGGGCGAGAGCAGGAGCAAUAGCUGUUGGCAGUCUGGUUAUCAUUCCUUUGCAGUACUGUGGACCUAGAAAUCCAGGGCAUGGUUGGUGGAUAGGAAGGAGGAGAGAGAAAUGGCGGCCACGAUAAAUUAAGAAAUUGUGGAAAAUAUUAUUGGAGAAUAAAUGAGGAUGGGGUUGAGAAAAAGUCCUGAGAAAUUGUGACUAGAGAAAAUUUCGGAGAAGUUGAAUGCUUGUAUCAGAAUCCUAGCAAUUCUCAUUGAUUUCCUCCACCCAUCUGCCCUAAUCAUUAACAAGGAUUUAUAAGGGAGCUGUGUGCAACUGCACUUUGAAUAAAGCUUCCUUCUGGAUGCCAUUGCAGGCCCACUGAAGCAUUGCAGAAGGAGUGUCUGUACUUGCUAUACCGACCACAACCACCAUCAUGCAGACUCUUCUGAAAGUGAGCCUCUUUUUGGCACUGGUAACAUCAGGUAAGGAGGCGCUGCAGGUAGAUUAAAAAGGAAGGGGAGAUACCAAGUGAGCAUUUGCGGGGUGGGUGUUCCCAGUUCUCUCCACCAUCCAAGGCAGUUGGGGUCUCCUGUCUUUGUGUGUGUGGAUGGGAGUGUGGGAUGAUUCAGGCUGGGUUCCAGCUAGUGUGUGGUGGGUGAAGAAUUGAGUUCUUAAAACAACUCUUAGAACAGGGCUUUGACUCUGACUCUCAAUUAAAAGCAAAUGAAGCAGAAGAGAAACAUCUUCUGCAGCAGACAUGGUCUUCAUUCUAUGACUUCUACUAUUCACUGAGCAAGCAUAUAAUGCAAAAGGAAGUAGGUUAAACAUGAUAUUUUAUUAGGCAGGCAAUUGUGGAGACUGGGGGGUAAGAGAGCAAGGAAGGCACCAAGGUCCCAUUUGCACUACAUGUUUAAAGCACCAUCAUAUUGGAUCAAAUAGUUGUGGCUUCCCCAAAGAACUCUGGGAACUGCUGUUUGUUAAGGGUGCAGAGAGUUCGUAGGAGAACACCCCCUCCCAUUCCCCUCACAGAGCUACAUUUUGUGGGGUAGUUUAACAACCAACCCCUCUUCCAAAGACCCCGUAAGAAAGUAAGUGAGCUAAAAAUUGGCCACAUCUUUAGUAGCUGCAACAGGGUGGCUAACACACAACCCCUGACUUUUUGCAUCCCCAAAUCCCCUCCCCCCAAUUUUUAUUUUUUAAAUUAAAAAAAUAGCUUGAAAAACCCUUAUUGAUCAUUACUGUCGUUCCACUCCUGUGAUGGCAAAAAGUUUUUCAUUCCCCCCUCCAAUUUUCCCUUUGAAAACAUUUUUUUUAAAAACAAACAACUAUCCUGACUGCUCCUGUAUGUCCCUCACUGUGCUGUGAUGCCAAAAGGUCCCCCCUGUCUCUGAUUUGGGCUUCACCUAGAAGCAGCACCCAUAUGGAGUCCAGCAGUAGGAACUGGAAAACUCAGACUGCUCUGUUUGGGGCAAUGGCCUCAACAGCACAGAGGCAGCGUUUCACAGCUACCUUGGACAGCUCCACGCAGGGCUCAGGCUGGAGAGUCUAUUCAGGCGGCAUCUUCAGACUGAGCAUCAAAUAAGAGCUGUAGCUCUAGCUUUACAUUACUAGCUCUGCUUUCCAGGAGAGGAGCCUCUGCAUUUAACGGGACCUAGCCUGCUUUAGCAGUCAUAGACUGACAGAGCACACAUGGCUGACAAGUGGACCAGAUGGCCUUGCUGCCUUUCUGAACUCUUGCUCUCCAGUUCUUCUUCCACACCCAGUGACAAGUUAGCAAGGAUUAAUGCCUAAUGACUGGAUGAAACAAGCAUUCAUUAUGUUUCGUUUCCCCCCCUCCCCUCAUAGGUGCUUCUCUGGAGUGUGAAACCUGCUUUAGCAAUGGAACCACUUGUGCAGGUGACAAGAAGACGUGUUUAGGCACUGAAGAGACCUGCAUCGUCAUCCUGACUGAAAGCACCGUAGGUGGGUGAGAGAGACCAUAAGUCAGAUCAGUGGCAAGGCCAUGGAUAACUAUCCUAUGUGUGGAUGACACACUGGGCUUGGGAGCUCAGCACCAGUUGGGAUGGGGUGGUGUUUUUGCCCUGCUUCAUGUUACUUUCUGCAGUCACCCAAAGGAACAAGAAAUGAUGCCCUCAAUUUGAUUUGAACCAAAGUGGAUCCAUGAGUCAUGGGAUCUUGGAACCGUAGAAUUGUAGAGUGGGAAGGUAGCGCCUCCCCUGGUUAUCUUGUCCAACCCUCUGCAAUAGAGGAAUCACAGCUAAAGAAUCCCUGACAAUUGGCCAUCCAACUGUUUAAAGAAACCUAAUGAAUGUGAAUCCACCACUUCCCCAGGUAGUCCGUUCCACUGCUGAACAGCUCUUACCAUCAGAAAGUUUUCCCUAAUGUUUGGUCCUGCCCUCUGGAACAGCCAGCGAGAAACACGCUUGCCCCAUCUUCAGUGUGAUAUUUGAAGAUGGCUAACGAGUUUGAUUAGUUUUUGCAUUUUACUCUCCCCCAUUUCUUCAUUGUUUUUCAAAUCUAUUCCUUUAUAAGAAUACAGCGUGCUGCUAAUUCAUGACGGAGAUAUUGCUCACAACCCCAGUACAUAAAAACAUACGAUAGAAACCAUAUGUAAAAGUUAAAAAAUAAUAAUCGGAUGACUAUUGUGGAAAUAUGUACAGUGGUACCUCGGGUUAAGUACUUAAUUCGUUCCGGAGGUCCGUUCUUAACCUGAAACUGUUCUUAACAUAAAGCACCACUUUAGCUAAUGGGGCCUCCUGCUGCCACCGUGCGAUUUCUGUUCUCAUCUUGAAGCAAAGUUCUUAACCUGAGGCACUAUUUCUGGGUUAGCGGAGUCUGUAACCUGAAGCGUAUGUAACCUGAAGCGUAUGUAUUCUUAAUUGCCUGCUUAAGCCUGAUGGAACAGAAAUGUUUCCAGCGGACUUUGAAACAAAAGGUGCCCUGCUGAAUUUCUGUUGGCAGAACAUUCCAUAGGACUGGACCAGCCAUGCUCCUGCCUUGCUCCCACCCUAGGUCUUUGCAAUAUUCAUCUUCAAGUCAAGCACACCAUAUUUGCUUAUUUGUUUUUUAAAAAACCAUACACUGCAAAGCUUUUUUACUAAAAGAAUAAAACAAUACAAUUAUUGGUAAAAACAAAACAACUGUUUAAGACAUUCAAAAAAAUUAAAAACAGCAAUUAACUAAAUAAUAAUAAUAAUAAUAAUAAUAAACAGCAAUCUGCAUAUCUGGGAAGGCUUGCUUAAACAAAAAUGCUAUUCAGCAGGUGUGGAAAAGAGUACAGUGAGUACAGCCACUUGCCUGAUACUAAUAAGCAGGGAAUUCCAAAGGGUAGGGGGUGCCAUACUAAAAGAUCGGUUUCUUGCAAAUGCAGUCCAGGCAUUGUGUGGCAUUUGUAACAGAGCCAGUUCCGCUGAUCAAAGGGGUUGAGUGGGCACAUGUGGAGCAAGGCAAUCAUAGAAUCUUAGAGUUGGAAGGGACCCCAAGGGACAUCUAGUCCAAGCCCCUGCAAUGCAGGAAUUUCAGCCAAAGCAUCCAUGACAGAUGGCCACCCAAACUCUUCUUAAAAACCUCCAAGGAAGGAGAGUCCACCACCUCUUAUGGGAGUCUGUUCCACUGCUGAGCAGCUCCUAUUGUCAGGAAGUUUUUCCAAAUGUUUAGUCGGAAACUCCUUUCUUGCAACUCGAGGCCAUUGGUUCGAGUCCUACCAUCCAGAGCAGGAGAAAACAAGCAUACUCCCUCUUCCAUGUGACCUCUCUUUCUUUUUUCCUUUCUCCUCCUGCGAUGAGGCUACAUUUUAAUAUUUUAAUGUUUCAAUAUUCUAAUGUAUUUUAAUUUUGUUUUUAAGUUGUAAUCAUUCAACUUGUUUUUAUUAUUGCUUGUUAGCUGCCCUGAGCCCGGCCUUGGCUGUGGAGGGCAGGGUAUAAAUAAAAAUUAUUAUUAUUAUUAUUAUUAUUAAACAUACCCAGCUCCUUCAAGUGCUCCUCAUAAGGCUUAGUUUCCAGACCCUCGAUCGUCUUGGUCUCCCUCCGCUGCACACAUUCCAGCUUGUCGACAUCCUUCUUAAAUUGUGGUGCCCAGAAUAGGAUCAGUAUUCCAGGUGUGGUCUGACCAAGGCAGAACAGAGCGCUACUAUUACUUCCCUUGAUCUGGACCAGGGGUCAGCAAACUUUUUCAGCAACGGGCCAGUCCACUGUCCCUCAGACCUUGUGGGGGGCUGGACUAUAUUUUGAAAGAAAAAAUGAAGAAAUUUCUGUGUCCCAGAGAUGCAUUUUAAAUAAAAGCACACAUUCUACUCAUGUAAAAACACUCUGAUUCCCAGACGAUCCGUGGGCCGGAUUUAGAAGGCGAUUGGGCUGGAUCCGGCCCCCGGGCCUUAGUUUGCCUACCCAUGAUGGACACUAUACUUCUGUUGAUGUGGGCAAACUGGUCUCAAGUAGCCAAGGCCUUUGUACACUAAUACCUUGUACACCAAUACCUUCAACACCUUGAACCUGGCCUGGUAGCAAAUCAGCAACUGGCAUAGAUCUCCGAGCCCAGCUGUCAUAUACAGACAAUGGUGAACCUUUUUCCUGGUGACUAAAUAAACCUCUUUGUCUCUCCUUUCCCUGCCCUCCUGCUUAGAUGGACCAUCAGUGACAAAAAUAGAGAAAAGGUGUUCAACCAUAUCUCAGUGCUCCAUGCCUCCGUUUUACUUCACUUUGGGGGCUGGAAGAAGAGUACGCCAAAGCUGGGUCUGCUGCAUUGACGACUGCGAUAAAGUUGUACCCGUCUGUAGGUAUACAGUGGUAUUCCCACUUCCUGUUUCCCUUCCUUCACGGUUUCCUUCCAUUCACCUUCCAGAGCCCACUUCCUUCUUCCAUAGCUUCAUGCAGUAUGGCACCUGCAUAUUGCCAUCUGCAAACUGUAAUUGGGCUCCUCCUUGCUUACCUUUGGCCCUGAGCAUUCUAGGCACAGCCCCACAGUUUAAAGCUCUGUGUCCGGGCCUGUACCCAGAAAUGUGGCACAAAAGGAAGUCUGGAUGAACCCUGCAUUUCUAAAAGCCAGCUGCCCUGAACCCCUGGCCUACCCGGAGGCAAGUCAGUAUGUCAAGUCUGAAGUCCAAAGUCUGAGGCUCAAGCCGCACAACCAAAGUUCAAAGGUCAGGAAAUGCAGUCCAGGGCCCAUCCAAGUAGCUAAGUCUGAAGUCCAGCAGUCAGGAUACAGUCAGCAAGGGUCAAACCCAAAGCGCACUCACAUAGUGUGCCAAGGGGUAUCCAAGCCAAGGUCCAUCGACAUGGGCAGCUGAACAGGCACAGCACCUCAGCUCUGCUUCCCUUUUGGAAUUUGCAUGCUGACUGCAGCAUCUGGGCUUGACAAGGCACGUGGCCUCACCUGUUCCUAUUCCAACUGAGGAAUCACAUCCUCCAGAGCUAGCAAGCCCCAUCUGGCCAGCUAGGGGGUCGGGCUGUGGGCCCUUGCCUGCCUCAGCCUCCUAGAGUGCCCCUCCUACUGCUCCCUAUGCCUUGGAGCCUGCCAUGUUUGUGGGGACAGGUGCUCCUCAGGCUCUGGUGAUGGGUCCUGCUGUUCUGGUUCCUGUGCAUUGACUCCAUGCCCUCGCCAUCCUCGGUCACCCUGUGAGUACUUCCUUCUCCAUUCCCUGCUUGCCCUGGUGUGUCCCAAGUUACACCCCUCACUGGGAUCCUCUUCCUCCUCUUCCUCCUCCCUGUGGUCCUGCCAGUUCAUGCUGGUGUCCUCCUGAUAUUGUAUGACUACGAGUCCCCUCAUCCUUGACUGUUGGCCAUGCUAGGCUGGUGUGUUUGCGUUUCUCUGUGUUAAAUCCUGUUGCUUUGACUCUGAGUGGCUAUUCCCCGCUGUGAACAGGCACUUGCAGCCAAGGCAGAAUAGAACCCUGCCCUUUCUCCCACCAGCUGGAAAAUUAUGCCAACUGAUUGGGAGGUGGGCAUGGCUUGGAGGAAAUAGCCAAAUUGGAACCCCUGGCUGGCCAGUAUUGGGUUCCCCACCCCUGACGUCGGCACUAGAAAACAUUUUGGAACAAGACGGGAUUGUGCAAAAGGCAUGGGCGCCACUUGAGCUAGGAUGGGAUUAAGACUGAAAAACAUGAGACUUCCGGGUUAGCACCUCCUGUAAUGGCUGAAUUCCUCUGAUCGGGAGGAAUUUGCUUCGUGGAAAUUAGGGUCUGGCCGCCACGGCGAAGGCGGGGACCCACAAAAAAUCACAGGCGGGAGAAGCCUGUGAACGUGGGAUUUGGCUGGCACCUUUUGCGCCUCCCCUGCUUGUGGGGAAACCCGGUUUCGGGGAUCCGGAGCGACGUGGGGUGAGUGGCGCGGUGCUUCAAAUUGACUGCUUCUUUCACGGAGUGAAGCCGCAUUGCUGUUGCCGGAGAGCGCUGACUUUUUCCUGUGGACAAUUUGAUCUUAAAACAACUACCCGUGAGUAGAACGGAAAAUUGGAUUUUUAAACGUCUUAAUUUGGCACCGAAACGGGGAGGUUUCAAACAGGAAGUCCGCCUUCCCCUUUUGUAAAUAGACUGAAGCAAAGAGGCUGCAAGCUAAAGUCUUGGAAAGCUUUUGAUAAAGGAUUAAACUUCCAUCGGCUAAAAUCAUCAAACCCCCCUUGGAAGCAGGAGAAGAGGGGGGGAAUUUUAGACCGCGUAAGCCUGCAGGAGAGAGUGAAGAAAGUCAAAUUACCACCGCUCUGAACCUGGAAACGGGCUGCUAGUAAGACUGAAGUUUUGGAUAUGCUCAUUGACUGUGAAUAGAUCGUUUGUUGACAGUAAGUUAAAGAAGAGAAAUACAUUGUUUCCAUUGUCUCCUUCUGCGUUUAAAAAGGAGUAAAAGUAAUUGAAAAUUGAAACUAACUUUAUUGCUUGAACUGUGCUUAAAAGGAUUGAUACAAAUAGAAAUUGUUUCCCCCUAGAGGAAGCCUUUGAAAUUGUUACAUGAGCUGAGCUGGGGGAAUUUCCAGCUGCAAGAUAAGACUGUGAGAAUCUGGGAUUGACCUUGGACCGUUAAGAAUGUUGACAGAAGAAGCCUUAGUGGUUGCAUUAUGUAAGAUUAAUGACUCACUGGAACAGCUCCAUAAGAAGACGGAUGUGAUGAUUAUAAAAAUUGAUAACUUGGAACAAAAAGUGACUAAUUUGGGACAAAAGGUGAAUAUUAAUACAGAAGCUAUUCAGGAAUCGAUACAGGGACCUACUUUGACAUGGCAAAUUGAGGAGAAGGCGGGGGAGAAAGUUGUUGUUGUGGAACCUAAAGUAGUACAAGUGGAGAGGGAGAGAGCCCCAGCCUCACAGAUGCAAUUUGAUGACUAUAAGUUGAUGCCUUUUAUGACUGAAUUUAGAGAAAGUCAGACUUUGAGGAUUGGAGCCCCGCUUGGACUGGAGAAGGAAAGUUGGAUAGAUCCCUUCAUGCAGGGAUUUAUUGACCUUUGGGACCUGGAUUUGGGUCAGGAGGAGACUGGAGUUGUGGGGACCGUCAGACUUGGAGGAACUUUGAAAUACGACUGGAAAUAUCUUUUGAAUUUUAGUUUUAACUAUGGAGAUUUGGCUGACUUGUCGAGAAGGAAUAAAAACAUUGCUAGGUGGGAAUUUUCCCGAGAUCUACUUCUCAGCAUCAAAGGAAGGAAAAUAAGAACAAGAUCAGGAGAAGACAAAGUAAAGUGCAUGUAUAAAUAUGAAGAAGACCUGCAGAAGGGACUUGGAAAAGAGUUAAGAGCCUCGGACAGAAGAUCACCAGGUUGAUGGACUGUAUGGAAUUGACGGAAAUGACUGGCAGAAUCCGAGACCAGGGAGAAGAGACGGUGGAAGAAUAUUGGAAAAAGUUUAAAAUCCGUAUAUGGAAAUAAUGUAAAAUUAAUGAGUGUUAGAAAAAUGUUGGAAGGGAAUUAUACAGCUUUAGUAAAAAUGUUUUAAGGAAUUAAGCAUAAAUAAGUAUUAUAGUAUUAAUGGAAAAUAAGGUUAAAAUAUGUUAAGAUAAUCAUAUGACAGAAAAUAGAGAAAGAUGGAAAGGAUUUGCUGAAAUAAUUAAUAGAAAUGGAAUACAAAAAGGGAGGUGAGAGGAGGUCGAUGAAACAAGGGAAUGAAAGAGAGGAUAUUGAGAUGGUAUGAUGUGUGUUUUUUGAACUGUUUUUGCUUUUGUUUUGUUUAAUGUGUUAAUGUUGUCUUGUGUAUUGUUUAUAUAUUGUACUGUAUUGUUUUUUCUUUUGCCUUUUCUUCUUUUUUCUUCUUUUUUCUUUUUUCUUUUCUUUUCUCCUUUUUGUAAGGUUUAAAAGUAAUAAAUAUUAUUUAAAAAAAAAGACUGAAAAACAUGGCAGAGCACCUUGUACAAAGUGGUCAAGGGCGCCAACUCUAGGGGGUGGAAGGAACUUUGCCCCCCCUCAAUAUUUGUGGGCAGGGGGCUGAACUCUCCACCCCAAUAUUGAAGGCUCCCCCAAACAGAAUGGCCUCCUUCCUGCAAACAUGCCCUCUGCACUCCCCAUCCCCCUCUGUCGAUGGGCGAGCAAUCGUGUGCCAAGGCAGGAGCAGGGCGAUCUUUACUCUCCAUGCUUUCCAGCUCCUGCCACCAACAGGGUGCAAAGGAGAUCUCUGUGGGGGGCAUCUGGUUUGCACCCCCCAGAUUGCAUGCCCGGGCAACGGCUCCCAACCACAUGCAUGAUGUCGUUCAUAUGUUGCCAAGUGACACCGGGGCCCCUCAAUGUGGGGGGCAAGUUGGCGCCCCUGAAAGUGGUUGUGAGCAUAAAACCUUUGUCUGUGUAUUACCUCCUCCUCUGAUGAGAUGACGGACAAAUGCUUCUCCCCCCCCCCAUGCCCUCUUCUUUCAGUGAUACCAGUACAGACUCGAUCCAACGGAGUAAUGUGUCCUGCCUGCCAUGAAUGGAAGGAGUCAUGCAAGACAGAGAUGGCCAAUUGCACUGGAAUGGAAACGAGCUGCUUUAAGAUAACCUCACAUGUAGAUACCAGUAAGUGGUUUCCUAUGCAGUCAUUCUGCUUCUCCUCUAUCUGGUAGGUGGGAUGGGUUUCAUGGCAGGGGCAUUUUGCUGGGUAGACAGAGCAAAACCUGGAUGGCUCCGGCUGGCUUAUCUGAAUGAUUGCCUCAUUACUACUACUACUACUACUACUACUACUGUUAGUAUUACAGUCACAAGCAGUAACUAUUUUAUUUGCCUAGCUAUAAACCAUAGCAAAGGGGGGGAAAGACAUCCAGUGCCGAGCCACUGGUUUUACUGGUAUGCUUUUUCAUACUUAUACCCCAGCUUUCCUUGAAAGAGCUCAAGGUGGCAAACAAUUCCCCUCUCCCCAUUUCAUUAUCACAACAGGCUUCUGAGGGAGGACAGGGCGAGAGACAGCAACUGGCUUAAUCACCAAGCACGUUUUCACAGCUGAGUUGGGACUUUAACCCAGCUUUCCCAGGUCCUAACCUGGCUCACUAACCUCUGCACCGAAUGUACUCCCUUUAUAAAUCUGUCUGGGCUGUGCAGAUCUUUUCCAGAGGUCCUUAUCCACCCACACCUGCAAGAUGUGGUGGCUGAUAUCUGAGAGGAGGCUCGGAUGACAUCAGUGUUCAGAUCUUUUGGUUGUGACCUGACAACCUUUUCAUUCUCCCAGUCCUUUGAGCAUCUCUUAGUCCUUGGGGCAAAUUCUUUUAGCCAGUGUGGUGUAGUGGUUAAGAGCAGUAGACUCGUAAUUUGGGGAACCGGGUUUGCAUCUCCGCUCCUCCACGUGCAGCUGCUGGGUGACCUUGGGCCAGUCACACUUCUCUGUAGUCUCUCAGCCUUACUCACCUCACAGAGUGUUUGUUGUGGGGGAGGAAGGGAAAGGAGAAUGUUAGCCGCUUUGAGACUCCUUUGGGUAGUGAUAAAGCGGGAUAUCAAAUCCAAACUCUUCUUCUUCUUCUUAGCUGUUUUUUUUUUAAAUGCAGUUUUAGAAUGCAUCUAUGCUGCUGGUGCUGGUUUUUAUGUGGAUUACUUUUAACACACUGUAUUGCUUUGUCGUGUCCCCUCCUCCCCAAAAAACAUGUUAUAUAUAUUUGGUUUUUUAAAAAAAAUUAUUGCAAACCAUCCAGAGGAUGUAGCUCUGGAUACAUGUCAUUAACAAAUAAUUUCCAGAGUAGCCCCUGUGUUUGUCUUUUGCAUUUAAACCCAUAAAGAAACUUACAGAGUGUUUGAAGACUUGUGUAUUUAUUAUCAUACAAGCUUUCAUGAACUGCAGCCCACUAAGGUUGCUACUGUUAAAUACAUAUUUAUCGCUGCUGCCUAUUCUCUUCUGCCAUAGUAGGAGCCAAAUCCUAGGGGCAGAAGUCCCUUUGGUUGUCCCAAUAAAAUAUCCGAGGUGUCAUUUAAAUGGUGCAAGUGUGCCACAACUUGUGAUUGUUGCGUGGGGUGGGACUGUAGUUUCUUAAAGAGUUGUUUGGAUGCUGCUAUUCCCCUCACAGAACUACAGUCCCCAGAGUGGUUUAGCAAUCCAUCUCCCUUCGCAGGGAACUCCCGGCAUUGUAGCCCCUUGGAGGGGAAACAGGGAUUCCCUAACACCUCUCAGCCCUCUUCAGAAACUACAGCUCCCAGACUUCUUUGGGAGGGGGGCUGUUUAAAGUGGUAUCACAGGGCUUUAAAUGUAUGGCGGGAAUGUGGUCUAGUUGGAAGCAACACUUCAUUUUCACAAGAGCUCUGGAAAGAUCGGCCUGCCUGAGCGCCACUCCUCUGUGUCCAACUGGACUUUGAGUAAAAGGGAACCCUUCCUCUCAAGCAGCCUGGGCAGAGUGGUUUGGGAUACAGAGGCAAGCGGCAAUGGUUCCCCUAGCAACCCAUCUUGUCUCCCACGUGCAGAUGGAACCCACGUUGACCGGACCAUGAUGGGCUGCACUACAAAGUACACCUGUGCGGCAAUAGAAGGCGAAGCCACAAAUUUCCGUCCCAUGUCGUCUGAAGCUAUCCAGGUGGCUGAAUGCACACAUUCUAUGGGAUCUCGAUCCUCCGGCCUCCUCCUGCCAAUCUUUUCUGGGCUCCUGCUGCUGAAGAUCAUCUCGUGAAAGGGACCUGCAUGGGAUUCCAUCUCCUCUGCAUUCAUUUAUGCCUGUCUUUUAUCCACUCACCACUUUCUCUGAAUGCAGUUUAGCCUUUCCAGGAGGAAUUCUCUGUUUUCCUCAGUGAAAAUAAACACCAGGAGUAACAAAAGUGA